GCCCUGCUGGAAAAGGCAGGAAUAAACGUGCAUAAAUCGAUUCUCGCAAUAGCAAUGUGUGUGACAAUAUGAGAAUCAAGUGUUGUAGCCCAAUAUUGCGUUGUUGUUUCCCCAUUAAUUAAGAAAGUUGUGUAAAAUUUUUUCCACCAUUAUUAUCGUCAUCGAUAGCCGAGCAGAGGAUAGAAAGCAAUGAGAGCGAGUGAGAUAGACGGCCAUGAAUUUUUGGAUAAUAUACACCCCAUAGCAACAUACACACUCUGAGAGGGAGUACACCGCACCAUACCACACCACAAAAUACAGUGACCGUCCGAUAAAACCGAUACACCCCGCAUCAUCAGUUUUGCAUUGCAUCAAAAAAGCAGAAAAAAGAAAGAAAAGAGCCCGACGAGCGACACGGAUUGAUCAUGGCCACAACACCACGCAGCGGCGGUGCCGGCUCUGGAACGGCACAGCGACCGAAUGGAACCUCUCAGAACAAAAGUUGCCAAUUCAAGCUGGUGCUCCUGGGCGAAUCGGCUGUCGGCAAAUCGUCGCUUGUGCUGCGCUUCGUCAAGGGACAAUUCCAUGAAUAUCAGGAGAGCACGAUAGGUGCGGCCUUUCUAACACAAACCAUUUGCAUAGAGGAUACUGUGGUGAAGUUUGAAAUUUGGGAUACAGCCGGCCAGGAGCGAUACCACAGCUUAGCUCCCAUGUAUUAUAGAGGUGCGCAGGCCGCCAUUGUUGUCUAUGAUAUACAGAAUCAGGAUAGUUUUCAGCGUGCAAAGACCUGGGUCAAGGAACUGCAUAAACAAGCCUCACCAAACAUUGUCAUUGCGCUGGCCGGCAAUAAGGCGGAUCUGUCAAACAUUCGCGUCGUGGAGUUUGAUGAAGCGAAGCAAUAUGCCGAGGAGAAUGGUUUGCUGUUCAUGGAGACGUCUGCGAAGACGGGCAUGAAUGUCAACGAUAUCUUUUUGGCCAUUGCCAAGAAACUACCUAAGAACGAUGGCGCCAACAAUCAGGGAGGCAGCAUAAGGCCGAAUGGGAAUGAAACAAAUCGACCGACGAACAACUGCUGCAAGUGAUGUCCCUUUGUAGAAAAUGAAAUUUCCAACGAGAGAUUUGAAAAGUUUAUGCUGAUAAUUAUAAAUAAAAAAAUUAUUUAAAAAUUUAACAAAAAAAAGAAAACCGAAAAGAAAAAAAACACAUACCUAAAAAAAUUGGCUCUCAUAGGGGCAAGAAAUUAAAUUUUCAUAAUUGAUUGGUGAUGAGAUGAGAACCGAAAGAAACAUUCUAAUAAAACAAAACCAUACAAUAUUAAUUUUAAAUUAAAUAUAAAACAGAAAACAAAAAAGGGAGAAGCCCCCAAGCUCCACCUCGCUACCCAUUCAUUUAUAAACGAAGCGAGAGCGAUUUCCAUAUCUGACACGUCUAGAGAGCCCCACAACAGAUCCCCCAGAAAAUGUGCUAAUCAGAAUUCCACACACACCCACAGACACCAUAAACCAUUUCAAAUAAUAAUAAUUAUAAUAAAAAAAUACAAAACGAAAUUCAAUUCGGUGGAAGAGAGGAGAAGGCGCGGAAAGGUUAUUUUGCAUAGUUCGCAUCGUGUCGUAGAAAAGUUUGAAAUUGUAUUGUAUAAAAAAGAAAAGAAAACAGCAAAGAAUAUUUGUAAAAUUUACAUUUUCGUGUAAGUUUCUAAAGCAAAAAAGAAAUUCCAGUUGCAGUUGUUCUCAGCAGCGUUCCAAAAAAUAAGAGAAAAAAUGUUCAGAUCCAAGCGGCCGAUGAAGAAGAUCCUCGCGCGCGUCCGCACGGAUCUGCGGCAAUGUGUGUGUCUGUCUGGCUCUGGAGUGCGGAGAAUCGCCUACCCCCCGCCUCCAAGCUGCGACGGACACGUGUGAUAGUUGCAAUUUAUAUAAAUUAUAUAUACACAUAUGAGAAAAAAACAAAAAACGAAA